AUGGCGCUCAUCCCGCAGGUCGUCGACGUCUGCAGAGGUAGCGUCGGCCACUUCGGUGUGCCCGUUGUGCCCGUGGCUGCUGGCGGCAUCUUCGAUGGGCGCGGGCUGGCUGCCUCACUGUCGCUCGGGGCUGCCGGCGUGUGGGUGGGAACCCGGUUCAUCUGCGCGGAGGAGUCCGCUGCGCCGAAGGCGCACAAAGACAAGGUGCUCAAGGCCUCCAGCCUCGACACCAUCCGGACGCUCGUGGUGUCCGGCAGGCCCAUACGGCUCAUCCCGAACGACUGGGUCAAGAGCUGGGAGAAAACUCCAGCGCGCAUCCAGGAGCUCUGCGACAGUGGGGUAACCCCCCUCGAGCAUGCGAUGAAGGAGUCGCCCGACGACGCCGCGACGAGGCUGGCCGUCUUCGACGCCAUAAACAGCCUGGCUGGCCAGGCGGCGGGCGGCGUGCAGACCAUCGAGCCCGCCAGGAAGAUCGUCGAGGACAUGGUCGCCGAGGCCGUGGGCAUGAUCCGGGGCAGCGCGGGCAUGCUGUCCCGCCUGUGA